UGUGUACAGUAUGGCCACUCUACAACAUAUCCCACGUGGGUUUGCGUGCAGCAGUGGUAAAAAACUAACCAUAUUUGAAUAUAGUGACGAAGCUGGUGUGACAAAGAAGGAGAUAGAACUAGAACUUCCAGCAGAGAACAGCUCAACAGACAACAAACAAGAGGACGAAGAUGCAAUCGAGAAGAAAGCGCCUUCCAAAAAUGAGGAGCAUGUCCUGGCUACGAGCGUCUCCCCUUCAGGCCGGUACCUGGCUGUUUGUGACACUGUAAAACAGCUCCAUCUAUUUGACGCCGAGACUGAAUGGACCCGCCACAGCACAAGAGAGCUUCCUCGUCGUUGUACCUCAGUGACCUUUACUCAGGAUGACCUCCAAGUUCUUGUUGCAGACAAAACUGGGGAUGUGUACAGGUACAAUGUUAAGGAAGGAUACACAGAGGGGAACUCAGGAGAGGAUGACAAAGGGGCACAACUCAUGCUUGGACAUCUCUCCAUGUUGCUGGAUGUGGUCUUGACCAAUGAUGACAAGUACAUUGUGACCUGUGAUAGAGAUGAGAAGAUCAGGGUCAGUCAUUAUCCUAACUGUUACAACAUCCACACCUUCUGUAUGGGGCAUAAAGGGUAUGUCAGUAGUCUGGUGUAUGUGGAGAGAAACAGCUUGCUGAUAUCAGGAGGCGGGGAAGGGGAGAUAAUUGUAUGGACCUUGAGUGGAGAGAGACUUGCUGGGGCAGUUUGUGUUGAUGAAAGUCAGAGGUCAUCUCAAGAUCAUGGAGACUUUGGGGUGAAGAAGCUGUCCUACGAUCCAGACACUGGUGUACUGGCAGCCGUUUGUUAUGGAUCCAACAUUGUGUAUGUGUUCAGGCUAGAGAAUUCCGAGUUAGGGACUUCACUGAAGCAGUCUGUUUCCAUGACAACUGAUGUGGAACCCUGGGAUAUCUGUUUUGACUGUGAUCAUCACUUUUGGGUUCUACAACCCAAGGAAGGGGACUGUGCCAGGGUGUAUCAAUGGAACAACGAGGCAUUUAUGAUGAGGAUCCUAACCACGGAGGAGAAAAGAUGUAGGGCCAGUUUAUUGCUGGAGGCCAUCAACUCUAGCUGGGAAUUCUUUGAAGAAUCCGUUGGAAUGUACACCCACCUACCCGAGGGUUUGAGAAAGGUCAAGAUUGACAAUAUGAAAGACUACCUGGAGAAAAAGCAAGAACGCGUCAGUGGGACCAAGCGAAAAAUUGACCAAUCAGAAUCUACUGAAACUGCGGAAAUAACUCAGAAAGACAGCUGAUACAUUUGCUGGAAAGCAGAAGUUAAAAAAAAAGAAAUAAUUAUAGGUGAAAACUUUUGUCUUUGGUAAUCACAUUUGAAACCAAACCAUGUGCUUGUAUGAAUCAUAUUAUCAAUAAAGAGUAUGAUAGUCCAGCUCAGAGGUGAAGAUGAUGCUGGAGUAAAUUGUUUAACAAUAUUGACCAGAACAUGUUUACUAGACAUUAUGUGUCAUUACACCUGUGACAUAAUUACAGUAAUACAGGUAAAACUAACAUCAACUACAGCUGUUAUCCAAGAAAAUCAUCAUAUUGUGUUACAUGUACAAGUGCAAAAAGGCACACAAUGCUGUCAUGACCUUCAGCAGUCUAUAUCAUCAAUAAUUAUAAUUACUAGUUUUCUUGUUAGAUGUCCAGUGGGGUAAAGAACUGUAACUACAGGUUGUACAUUCAAAUUGUAAAAAUUGACAAAACUGACUCAAAAGCCUAGCUGAUUGUCACGCUAUAGAAAUAUGGGUCACAUUGGAACUGUGUUAAUUUUAUGUUGAUCUUCAAGGCUUACUUUUUGGAUGUGAAACUCUAAAACAGAUUUCAUGUUUUAGUUUCGUGCCAUGGUUAUAGAAAUUUCAAUUCUUUGUAGACAUGCUUUAUGUUAUCCACAUGGUGUAAAUUAACCCUUUCACCACUGUAGACCAUAAUGGACUUAUCCAGAUCAAUGCAUAGUAGAGUUUAUCAAAGUUACAUAGGGGUGAAAGGGUUAACAGGUUCCAAAGCUCAUGAUUAAAAAGCUACAGGUGCACACAAUUCGUUAUCUACAUAAACAAAAUGUAAUAAAUACUAUAUGUAAA